AUGGGGCUGUCGCAGAGCAAGAGGGGUGACGACAAAGCCCCGAGGAGCAGCGCGGUGCUGGAGGGUGACGGGAGUGAUGUCCUCUCCCCGGACAUGGCCACCAAUGGCCACAGGGGCCUCAUCCAGCCCAGGAAGGUGCCAAACCCAGUACGGGAGUCCCAGAGCCACCGGGAGCUGCACCGGGAGCUGCUCUUCAGCCACAGCAGGGGGAUCCUGCCCCGGCACAGGGCCGAGCUCCCGCGGGUGCUGGAGAGCCGGCGGCUAAGGCAGCUGAGGGAGGAGCUGCAGGGACCCCCCUCCGACCUGGAGCAGCAGCUGAGGAAACGCCACCAGAGGCUUGAGGAGCACGAGCGGGAGGCAGCAGCGGGGCCAGAUCCGGGCCCUCGCCCCGAGUUCCUUCUGGUGCGGGACAGCCUGAGGAAGAUGAAGCUGGCGGAGCCGGGUGCCUGGCAGACGUGA